ACAGCAGUAGCAGCUGCUGUAGCGUGGGAGAGCUCGAGCGGAGGUAUGGGAGACGACCUCGGUGAUGAUUGGGGGGUGAAAGGGCUUGACUCCGGCGAUGAAGGCACCUCCACGGCGGCUGCCGCUGCGGUUGCGCCCAAGGAAGUAACCAAGAAGAAAAAAAAACCCAACAACAAUACGAAGAAGAACGACAACAGCAGCAGCAUCACAAACACUCUCGCCGGGCGAAAGCGCGGCAGGUCCCAGCUCAGCCCAGAGGGCUUCGAGGAGACGGACAGCAGCGAGGGCGACGGGGAGGAGCAGGAGCAGGACGAGGAGCAGGACGAGGAGUCUAGGCUUAAGGCGACAGAGGAGGAAGAGGCGACGCUCAGGCGUGCAGAGAAGAAGAAGCAGAAGCUAAAGGCAUUCAAGGCGAAGUUGAAGGAGAAAAAGAAACGGAGAUCCCAUGAGGAAUCGGUGGCGCCGGCGGCGACCAAAACCGGGGAUGGGAGGGAACAGGGAGCAAAAGCGGGGGCAGCGGUGACCAAGACCGUCGAGGAGGAGGCCGACGAGCUGUGGGCCAGGUUUUGCAAGGUCCGGGGGGACCUAGUGACCCCGCUGGAGCUCGACUUUCCGUGGAUAACCGCUGGAUCGCUUGCUCGGGUCGAAGGGUUCGGUGCGCACACCGCUAUGAAGCUCGUCGGGUUCAUCAAGGCGUCCCUCCCAGACUGGAAGAAGAGAAUACAGAAUAGAAACAGCAACGCCCCAAGGGGAAGCCCGUCGGUGCUCAUCGUCUGCGCGGGCGCGCGGCGCUGCGUCGAGGUGAUGAAACACUUGACAGCCUUUCGGUGCCAGGUGGUGAAGCUGUUCGCGAAGCACCUCAAGAUCGAGGAGCAGAAGGUCAUGCUCCGGAAGGGAUGUUUCCCCCUCGGGGUUGGGACUCCGGGACGCAUGCGCGCGCUUGCCGCCGCCGGGUCUCUCCGCCUGGACUCGUCGGCGCUGGUCAUCCUCGACCUCGAGAAGAACGUCAAGGGCAGGAGCGUGCUGGACAUGGACGGGGUUUCCGGGGACACGAUGGCUUUCCUCUCGGACUGCGUCCGCCCCCACCUGGCAUCGGCAUCCAGCGGCGGUGGCGGCGGCGGUGGUGGUGGUCCCCAGGGGAAAGGGGCUGCGACGGGGCAGCUGAGGAUAGCGCUGUACUGAUGAUCAAGUUGAGGCUUGGCGUGGUUGUUGUAAGCGUUGUAGCGCGGCCAUCGGAAAGCGGCGUUGUUUUCGGAGCGCGCGGUUCCGGUUGUUCUGGAAGCGUGCCGAUGGGUCGGGAGCGGUGGGAGGGAGUGGCGGCGGAUAUGGGGUGCGGCUCCAAGGGAUGGUAAACCGUUCGUGCAACGAUAUGUAACGAGCGGAUGCGAGGCUGGCAACGGCCGCGGCAAGAGACGCCGCGUUGGGAGGAACUUGACCCCUCGGCGGUGAGGCAGGCAGGGCGCGCUUUGUUUCUAGACUGGUCUUGAAUUGUGUAUCCCGAUUGUCGCUUCUGCUUUAGUAGAAACAUCCGGGGCGUAGUGACCUACCAACCAGUCCUGUGUUUUUUUUUUUUCGAGCCCAGGGAGAGGGUAGGGAUGGGAAGCCUUGGAGCGUCGACGAUGCGGGGCGACUGGCCUGCAGCGGAAACGCGUCCUCAUCCACCGUUCGUUGCCGACUUUGAACGCCGUGUGCGAUGGGGAUAGCCCUGUUUUUGGUUUGCCUUUGGGGUAGGUGUACACAGGUAAGUCCCGUUGAGACCUUUCCUUUUUUUAGAAAGGAUACAUAAUGUCACAGAGAGACUACCCGUUCGAGAUACAUGUGGCGACAGUCGAAAGGGAGGUGCUAUUAUAAGUAUUUUCAGUGAUUGGAGGGAAACCGGCCGGAAAUGGCUUAUUAUUAUUUUUUUUCUUAGUGGCUCCCUCUCGUGCCUUUCGGCGUUGUCAUCUGUGCGGGGGGGAAAUGUAUGGCGCGUUCGAGAAAUAAUGCUCAUGGAUGUCGGAGAGGAUUGGGGGGAAUCUGCUCGCG